AUGGAGACGGGCCUGCUGUGGUUCUGCAACUGGAGCACGCUGGCCGUGUGCGCGGCGCUCAAGCUGCCGCAGAUCUCCGCGCUGCUGGCGGCGCGCAGCGCGCGGGGCAUCAGCCUGCCGAGUUUACUUCUGGAGCUGGCCGGGUUCCUGGUGUUCCUCAGGUACCAGCAUUACUAUGGUUACCCGCUGCUGACAUACCUAGAGUACCCUAUUCUCAUCGCACAAGACAUUCUCCUCCUGCUCUGUGUCUUUCACUACAAUGGGGACGUGAAGCAGGCGGCCCCCUACCUGGCUGUAUUUUCGGCCUCCUGGUUCGUCCUCACACUGCAGAAGUGGAUCAUAGAUCUGGCCAUGAAUUUGUGCACCUUCAUCAGUGCGGCCAGUAAGUUUGCCCAGCUCCAGCACCUGUGGAAGACCAAGGACUCCGGAGCCGUGAGCGCUCUGACGUGGAGCCUCUCUGCCUACACCUGUGCGACGAGAAUAGCAACAACUUUAAUGACCACCGGUGACCUUACAAUCCUGGUACGGUUUGCGGUCAUGCUGGCUUUCAACGUGUGGGUGACAGCUACAGUGCUUCGUUACCGCAAGUCCACCGUCAAGGCAGAGUGAUGGGGACCUGCUGCUGCUGCUGCUGCUGCACACACGAGGGGCUCCCAACAGCUGGACCAGAGGGAAAGCAGCUCCUCACCGAGCCCAGGCCUUGAAUGAAUUCAGUCAAUCGGAGAAAUGUAGAAGCUGCUCCCCGUCUCUUUCCUCUCCCUGACUGCCCUCCCCCUGCCCCCCGCCAGUCAUUAGACUCAGAAACCUGCAGCUUGUUUGUUGUUUGUUUGGAAGGAGAGCACUGAGGCAGCAGGUGCGGACUCGGAAGAGGGCCCCAAGCCUGUGGGUUUCAGAAGGAUGGUAACAGACGACGUCCUUCUGAAGUCAGCUUUGGCUCCCUCUAGAUUGCUCACCAGGAGCCUGGGGGCGGGGGUACACAUUAGGUGGCCAGUGGCAAGUCUGCAAACCCACAGGGGCAGUGCUACCCUGUCCCCUAAGGUCGCCGCGAGUCAGCAUCCACGCGAGGGCAGCAAGUUGGCUUUUUGUAAAAGAACCACUCCUUGGACUUCUGCGUUUCUAGACCCUCCAAAAAGAAUUCCCCGCUACAACACAUUCGAGCACACCCGGAGAGGGGCUGUGUUCAGACGGAGACCUGUACAUUACUGUACAUGGCAUGUCUGGUACUGAAGUCUCCCCGCUGUAGACGCCGCGGGAUGGGUUGAUCCUGUGUCGGAAUACAGAGUCGGAAGGUGAGUCAGAAAGUCUUGCUCCUGGGCUUCCAGGUCAGACACGCUCAGGUCGGUUCCAAAGCAGACGUGUUCCGCCAUGCCUCUGCUGUCGUGGGUGGCUGCAGAAAGAUGCUCUCGGCGAUACGGUGUCUCAGUCUCGUUUGGAUGCCUCCAGAGAAGAACAAAGGUGCAAACCAACCCGCAGCUUCCCAGGGCAUCCGCUGGCCACUUCAUUGCCGGGCCGAGAGGCCAGCUCUGAAGGCCGUUGGAGCAGUUUCUUGAGAUUGUAAAGGAGCCGUCUUGAUAGCCUCCCUCAAGGGACACAGGACAAUCAUGAACACUUAGUAAGUUUUAGGAAAAUGGAAAAUUGCAUUGUUGGCACACACAGACAUGCAAAAAAAAAAGCCCAGAGCAUGGCACGAAGGACCCCUUUUUCACAUGACAGUACACCCACCCCUCCCCUCAAGGGUCAGAGUGCCCGUCCUCAGAAAACAUCACUGGGAACCUGAACCGUUCUCCCUAGAGCCGACCUGGCCCCUCGAGGCGGCUUUUUCUCCAAAACGCAAAGAACCCUGUAAAGGGGCAAGAUGCCCAUGCUGCGGCUUGGCACAGGCUGUGGGGGUGCCUGUUUCUUUGGAGAAAGGCCCAUUCGCUGCCUUCACAUCAGAGCCCGUUCCCAGUGGCCCCAGAGGACAGGGAAGAACGGCCCCUGGGGCUUUCUGAGACUUUGCAGCUGUCGGGGAGCAGACUGUUAACUUCCCGCUUUGGAAAAGUGUGUGGAGACGGGAACACACCUUUCGAUCUUGCACACACCCAGGUGGAGGGCAUGUGGAGCAGCAACAGCAUCGCAUUAGGGGUUUCUAUGCAGUGGAAGUUUUCCGUGCUUCGGGUGCAAUGCUUUCUGGCAGGGCUUCUGCCACAUCCCAAGCUUAUCGCCAGGGUAUCAAAGCGAGCAUAAAUGCAAUUGCCUUGAGUUUGUAUCUGCACCGUCUCUCACUUCACACUUUGCCUGUGUGUAAUUGCCUGAAGAAGCUACUGUCCACGGUACUGCAUACUUAAGCAGCAGCCCAGCAAACAUGCUGCUUCAAGCUGAGUGCAGUCAUUGUCAAGGGUCACACAUACAUGACAAUCAUUAUUGGGAUCUGGUACAAAAUACCACCAACCUCUAUUAGCUGUUCUCUUUGAAAAUACAUACAGUAAAAGGUAUUGCUAGGUCCUGCUGAAUUCUUACGUAUUCUAGGAUCGUUGUCCUAUCAAAUUCUAAAUAUUAAUUCAGGUUAAGCUUUUUGUACUCCUCAUUUUCCUCUAAAGCUCAAUAAUCCUAACAUUUCAACAUGUAUUUUCUCCUUGUACCUGUCACGAUUCUGUAUAGACAAUCAAUAAUGGUUAGUGUCCUGGGUAAAAUAAAUGUUCACAUCUUGAA